GCACUAAAAAUUACUACGUCCAACCUUACUGCCUCCGCAGCUUCUCAGUUUUCAAACAGAUUGUAGACCACGGCGGUAGCGUUGGACGUGUCUCCUCAAAGCUCAUCGGAAGACGUGUUUGAUAUUUCUACUUUUUUUUGUGUGUGUGUGUGUGUGUGUGUGUGUGUGUGUGUGUGUCAAGUUCAACCAAGAAACCAACUACUCUGCUAUGGCUAAAGGAGAGGGGGGUGAACAAUACUCCAACGCCACUUUACUGAAUAAACCGGUCAGCUCGGAUGGCAUCAAGCUCGCCAGGAAGCAUGAGCAUAGGAACAGGUUGUCAGUCUGCAACAAGAUAUGCUAUGCCAUUGGUGGAGCACCCUACCAGAUCACAGGAUGUGCCCUGGGCUUUUUUCUGCAGAUCUAUCUACUAGAUGUAGCUCAGCUGGAUCCCUUCUAUGCCUCCAUCAUCUUGUUUGUAGGCCGAGCAUGGGACGCCAUAACGGACCCCACAGUGGGCUUCCUGGUCUCCCGAAGCCGAUGGACACGUUUCGGACGCAUGCUGCCCUGGAUCCUGCUCUCAACACCUCUGGCUGUGCUCUCCUAUUUCCUCAUAUGGUACGUUCCUCCCUUUGAGGACGGCAAAGUCUUCUGGUACCUUUUAUUCUACUGCACCUUCCAGACCCUUCAGACUUGCUUCCAUGUGCCUUACUCUGCCCUCACCAUGUUCAUCAGCUCGGAGCAGAAAGAAAGAGACUCAGCCACUGCAUACAGGAUGACGGUGGAGGUUCUGGGCACUGUUCUUGGUACAGCUAUCCAGGGGCAGAUAGUAGGUAUGGCGAACGCUCCCUGCCUCCCAGGACCCGGUGACAUCAUAGCAGACCUGAGCAACUCCUCAAUGUCUGUUGGACUCAAUGACUCAGAGCCUGUCAUUUCUCUGGAGCACACGAAAGCGGCCUACAUGAUUUCUUCUGGUGUCAUCUGCUUAAUCUAUGUCCUCUGUGCUAUUGUUCUUUUCUUCGGUGUGAAAGAGCAAAAAGAGUCUUGUCGUCCCAGGUCAGAGCCCAUGUCUUUCUUCCAGGGGAUUAAGCUGGUGAUGGGGCAUGGACCGUAUGCCAAACUGGUCAUGGUCUUCCUCUUUACCUCAUUAGCUUUCAUGCUCCUGGAGGGAAACUUUGCCCUGUUCUGCAGCUCCACACUGGGCUUCAGAAACGACUUCCAGAAUAUUCUGCUGGUCAUCAUGCUCUCCGCUACUCUGGCCAUCCCCUUCUGGCAGUGGUUUCUGACUCGCUUCGGGAAAAAGACUGCGGUUUAUGCUGGCACCUUGUCUGUGGUUCCCUUCAUGAUCCUGGUGGUGUGUCUGAAGAGUAACCUGAUUGUCACUUACAUUGUCUCCUUCGCUGCCGGGGUCGGAGUGGCUGCAGCCUUCCUGCUUCCCUGGUCUAUGCUGCCUGAUGUUGUCGACGAUUUCCAAGUGCAGAAUCCGGACUCCACUGGCCACGAAGCUCUCUUCUAUUCCUUCUAUGUCUUCUUCACCAAGUUCGCCUCUGGAGUCUCCCUUGGCAUUUCCACUCUCAGUUUAGAUUUUGCAGGCUACAUCAGUAGAGGCUGCUCUCAACCAAAGGAAGUGGAUUUAACCUUGAAACUGCUGGUUUCCGCCGCCCCCAUAGGUCUCAUCAUAAUCGGCCUGAUCAUAUUGUACUCGUAUCCAAUCGAUGAGGAGAAGAGGCAAGGCAACCGCAAACUGCUACAGGAACAGAGGGACAACGAGGCAGAUUCAGAAAUGGACUCGACAGAGCUGGCCAACGUGAUCUAGCACAUUUUAGAGACCCACAGACCAAUCGGGUGAUCAACUGGCAUUUUGCACUGGGGCAGGACCAACGGACCUCGGCCUGCUGGAUCACACAGACGUUGCCUUGUCCAAUCACAACUGCUGCUGUUCCACGUCUUCAAAAGUUGACUACAAACAUUUUUCCCGGCAUGAAAUUCACUCUCCUCUUUUGUUCAGUCAGAUCUCAAAAGCCUUACUUUUUGUAUAACAUACUACUUUUGAGUACUGCGAAAAAAAACUUUUUUUUUAAAGGUCUUGAUCUCAGUUGAGAUUGCACAGAACCAUGAAAUGUGUUUGGAAAUAUGUUUUAUCUGUGCUGCCAUUAUUGGUGCUAUUAGCUGGAGCAACACAACACAACACUAAUGACUUAGGGUACUACGCCAAAAGAAACUUGAUAACGGCACUGUUAAUGCCUUAAUUUCAACCCCGUUUCGGGGUUAAAAAUUCAAAACUGCCACUUGUGUUAGUCACUUGCUCUUGAGUCAUUGACUUGGUGUGUAUUUUGAACAUGUUUAAAUGUGUUGUGUAAUUUUACAAUGAACACUCAUAGUUCACUUAAGUCAGUCAGUUUCCAUCUAAUUCCCUUCCCACUGACUUUAAAAAUAACUUCUUUUUUUUUUUUUUUUAAGAAGCCGUAAUAAUGUGAUGUUGGAACAAGUGGCUGGACUGUAACUGCUGUGCUCUGAAGGGCUCCUUUUAAUUCCCCACCAUAGCACUGAAACCACUACAAUAGCAGAAGGAGUUAGUUUGUACUCAUAACUGAAAUGUUCAUCCAGCAAUUACAUUACUCACAUUAUCUUAUUUAUAGGACACCUACUGAAGACUGGGAAAUCUUCUUUCCUCUAAAUGCAUUAAUUUCCCUAAUACUGAGCAAAAUGGUGACUACAGCCAGUACUAAUUUAGUGAUAUCACUAUUUAAAUAUUUAUUAGUUUUGAUUUUAUUGUUUUUGAAUACGUGUUUGCUGGAAAGUCAUGCUUCUUGCAGUAUGUAAAUCUAUUUAAGGCCUGUAAGAAACUGAAUAGAAGUUCCAAAAUGAGGAAAAUUUUAAAACAUUCACACGCCUUUUAAUGCAUGUUGCCAUCACUAUUGUCUUUGCUCCAUACGCAUUCAAAAAGGGAAGCACAUAAUUGUGGGGAAAAAAAAAGAUUGGAAAAUGGGGGAGUGAACUUGUUGUAGUCUCCCCUGAGUGUUUUUUUUUUUUGUAUAUAUGUGUUUACUGAUGGAACAACCAGGAUGUUUUGUAAUCAUCUCAAUCCCUGUCAUGAAAGUGUGGAUUGAUAUAUUUCACAUAUGGAAAUGUGUACAUGCAGUGUCAUAUGUUAUACAUACUGUUUCAUCUUCGACAUGUUGUUUCUGACAACUGGGUUGCUGAUGUGCAAAUGUUCACAUAUUUAAUUUACUUUAUUCUUUUUUAACUGAGCCUGUAACAAGUGUACAUCCUGUAAAUCUCAUCCUGUUUUAUUUUGUCAAUGUUUUAUCUUUUCUGGAUCUGUCAGUGAACUUUCCUCAUGACUCUUGAGGCUGUAGCCAAACGUGUGAGCUUUAAUCUCACAGGGACACACGGAAGCCUUGUGUACAUGCCUCCUGUGCAUAUGUAAAUAUUGUAUGUAAACCUGUAAAUAUCUUUAUUUGUGGCUGCAAGUGAAAUGAACCUCUGUACACUGUACUGUAGUUAUUUAAGAAAACAAUCUUGAGAUUAAAAAAUAUUAAUAAAUACUAAAAGAUAAGUGUACUGUGAA